AUGAGAACAGUGGCUAAGAACGAUUUUGAGAAGAACUUUUUGAAAUUAAUGAAUAACUCUGUGUUUGGAAAGACUAUGGAGAAUCUAAGGAAGCGUGUUGAUGUGAAAUUAAUGGUUGACGGUGAUAGACUAAAGAAGAUGGUGGCAUCUGCAAGUUUCGUUAGGGCUAAAGUUUUGAGUGGCGGUUUAGUGGCAGUUAAGAAG